AUGCCAACUCGAACUAACAACCGAGGCAUCCCGGUGCCUCGUGAUCAGGCUCGUGGCUCGGUGCGCGGCGAUAACCAGCAGCAGGCAGCGUGGCGAAGCAGCCUUGACCUCGUUUGGUCCUAUUCCCGCUCUCAAGCGUUCUAUGGCAACAACAUUGCCACCUCACCCUCGUUCGUCGAACGACGAUGGGCCGGUCAGGAUUUGGAAGAACGCGAUAGCAUUUUCGAGGAUGAACAGGAAUACGUCUCGGGACAAGACGACGAGGACGAGAGCGAAGAUUAUGACGCCCAUACAUCCCAUUCGCGUUUCGCCACAGAUGCUGACGCCGACACGGACACAGCUUCCAUGGCCAGCGAUGCCAGGUUCGGUCCCUCUGACCAAUUUGAGUGGGAAGGAGAGGCACUACCGCCCAACGCCACCCAACGUAUCCGCACAUCGCGGCGCUCCAAGGCGAGAGAUAGACGAUUGGAGCAGCUCGAAAGUGCAGACGAAGACGAACGCAGUCGAAGCAGAAGUCGAAGUCCCAAGCGUCUAGCACCAGGUGGUCCCCAUGAACGCACUUCCAACAGCAAACUCAAUCCGAAUCGAUCCGCGUACUCCUCUGCAACAACCGGCGAGAUGCUUCGAGAUCCCUUCGCCGAAGACAAUAUCAACAAUAACAUCAAGCCCUCGGAAGUGACACCACUUCUAUCCAACAAGCGCUCUACCGAUGCCAACCCGGCAAGACGAAAGUCUGCCACCUACGGCGCGCUUCAGCGUCCCUCGGACUCGGCCACCCUAUCAAACCGAUCUGCCGAUUCGGGCUACCACGUCUACGAACUUGGCAACAGCACAUUGCUACAAUCCUGGUUCAAUACGGUUAAUGCGCUCGUCGGCGUCGGCAUCUUGGCUCUUCCUCUUGCUUUUUCCUACGCUGGUUGGAUCGGUGGCACCAUUUUGUUCCUGGUAUGUGGUCUGCUUACCAACUACACGGGCAAAGUAUUGGCAAAAAUCAUGUCCAAGGAGCCUUCGCUACGCACCUAUGCCGAUAUUGGAAGUUACGCAUUCGGACCAUCAGCACGCAUUCUCAUCAGCCUCUUCUUCUGCCUCGAACUGUGGGCUGUCUCGGUAGCUCUCAUCAUCCUCUUUGGCGAUUCCAUGUCGGCCAUCUUUCCAAACAUUGCACCGGCAGCAUUCAAAUUGCUUGGGUAUUGCUUGGUGCUCCCAUCGGUGUUUCUGCCGCUUAAGUUCCUCUCGCCCAUCUCGGUGAUUGGUAUCGUAUCCACUUUCACCCUCGUCGUUGUGGUCAUCAGCGACGGGCUCAUCAAGAAACAUGCUCCUGGCAGCCUUUGGUCGAUUGCGCCAACCACACUCGGUCCACGUUGGGAUCGUCUCCCGCUCAGCUUUGGUCUGAUCAUGUCUGGAUUCUCUUCGCAUCCUAUCAUCCCUUCGCUGGUACGCGAUAUGAAGGACCCUGCCAAGUUUCCACGCAUGCUCAAUUUGGCCUAUGUCGGAGCCACCGUGCUAUAUCUCUCCAUGGGUAUGGUUGGCUACGCCAUGUUUGGAACACAGGUGUCGGACGAGAUUACAAAGGAUUUGGCCAGAACGCCAGGUUUCCCGGUGGCGCUCAAUAGUGUUGCUAUUUGGUUGAUUGUAAUCAACCCGCUCUCGAAAUUUGCUUUAGCGACGAGACCCAUUCAGACCACGUUUGAGAUCUUGUUGGGGAUCGAUGAUCAGACCGCGGUGAGGUUGCAGAACAGGAACGUCAAAGCCCGACGGAGGUCUUCAGCCGCUGCUCUGGCGGCUACAUCUGCGAAUGUAGCUACUGAUGGAAGCAAGAUCCGCAUGGAUGAUGCCGCUGCUGCUGCCAACAAAGUGGUGGGCCCAGUUCAAAGCCGCGCCCAGGCACAGCUCACAUCAGAAGCGAACAGUACAACGCUCUCUGUGUCACCCAAUCAUCGCGUAUCUUUCGCCACACCUGGCGCUCCCUCCUCCACGGUUCCGCAACCUGAACAUCAACCUCCUACCUCUCCCACAACCCACGCCGCCCCAGCCAACGACAACCCACUUGCCAACUCGGCCAUCUCGCUGCGUGCGGCCGAACUGACCUCCACCCUCUCCCCGCGAACGCGGUUCAUCUUGAGCAUACUUCUCAAGAUCCUGUUGACCCUUCUGAUCGCCGUCACAGCGGUCGUCUUGCCAGGGUUCGAGAAAGUCAUGGCGUUCCUCGGAGCAUUCCUGGCUUUUGCAACAUGUGUCUUUGGUCCUCUGUUGGCCAACUUGAAGCUUUUCGGCAGUGAAAUGAAGGCGUACAGGAUCGCGAUUGAUGUCGGCAUCUUGGCCAUAAGUGCGCUUAUGGCAGCUACAGGCACUGUAUGGGCUUUUCUCUGA